GCCACAACGCCAAAAUCGUUUCACAGCCAGCCCAGCGCCGUUCGUUCCUGGGGGCUUGCUCUGUGCUGCUCAGAAGCUAACGUUAGCUAGCAAGCUGUCAAGCUGUGUAGUGGAGAGGCUGGGACAAACGUUUCAGCUUCCCCCUGGCUUUGGCACUCAAGAUUCCGGGACACAAAUUACUAAGAAAAUCUGUGAAAUAUACUUAAGAUCGCCAGCUGAGAUAAUGUAAUGCAUCACGGGCGUACGCAAAGAGGGACCUCCGCACUUACACCAUUUGUAUGCUAACUGGCUAGCUAGCAUAGCUAAACCGUCGCGACCCCUCUAGUUUCGUCGGUGUACCGUCUCUGGUGUGAACUUAGACCAGUCAGUCCUUGUCACUGUCGCAGCUUCCGUUGCUGUCAACUAGUAUUUUGGAUAUUUGGUCUUAAAAGGGACACAAUGGGUGCAUUUCUGGACAAACCAAAGAUGGAAAAAUACAAUUCCCGUGGUGAGGGCAACGACCUGAGGUAUGGGCUAAGUAGCAUGCAGGGUUGGCGUGUUGAGAUGGAAGAUGCACACACAGCGGUAAUUGGUCUGCCUCAUGGUCUCGACCCCUGGUCGUUCUUUGCCGUUUAUGAUGGCCAUGCUGGCUCUCAGGUAGCUAAAUACUGCUGUGAGCACCUGCUGGAGCACAUCACCAGCAACUCAGACUUCCAGAGUGCUCUGCAGGAGGAUCCCUCUGUGGAUAGCGUGAAGAUUGGGAUCCGCACAGGAUUCCUGCAGAUUGAUGAACACAUGCGAACCAUCUCUGAGAAGAAGCAUGGUGUGGACCGCAGUGGUUCCACUGCAGUGGGAGUGAUGAUUGCUCCGAGCCAUAUCUACUUUAUCAACUGUGGCGACUCACGUGGACUCCUCAGUCGGGGCGGAGCUGUGCACUUCUUCACACAGGAUCACAAACCCAGCAACCCUUUGGAGAAGGAAAGGAUCCAGAAUGCCGGAGGCUCAGUCAUGAUCCAGCGAGUGAAUGGGUCCCUGGCUGUGUCUCGGGCUUUGGGAGACUUCGACUACAAGUGUGUGCAUGGAAAAGGCCCGACAGAGCAGCUUGUGUCUCCUGAGCCCGAAGUUUAUGCAAUAGAAAGAUGCGAGGGGCAAGAUGAAUUCAUUAUAUUAGCUUGUGAUGGCAUCUGGGAUGUCAUGGCCAAUGAGGAACUGUGUGACUUUGUCAGAUCAAGGCUAGAGGUGACAGAUGAUCUUGAAAGAGUCGCCAAUGAAAUUGUUGACACCUGCUUGUACAAGGGGAGCCGCGACAAUAUGAGUGUUGUGUUAAUCUGCUUUCCUGGGGCACCAAAGGUAUCUCCAGAAGCAGUGAAACGGGAGGCUGAGCUGGAUAAAUAUCUAGAGGGCAGAGUAGAAGAGAUCAUCAAAAAGCAGGGGGAUGAAGGUGUCCCGGAUUUGGUCCAUGUUAUGCGGACGUUAGCAUCUGAGAGCAUCCCUAACCUCCCUCCUGGAGGAGAGCUGGCAAGCAAACGAAGUGUUGUUGAAGCGGUGUACAACAAACUCAACCCCUACCGAAGUGAUGACACAGACUCUGCGUCCACAGACGACAUGUGGUAACACAACCUCCUACCACUAACACAGCAUAGAGUUUACAAACCACCAUCCUCUCAAGACCCACAGCAGCUCAGCUCAGCAGUCUGUCUCUCCGUCACUCUGAGCUUUUGGUUUCUAAGAAGGGAAUUUCAUGGGAGGAGGAAGAAGAGGAAGAGGAGUUGCAUGCACACAAACCUGGAAUAGUGCAGCACCAAUCCACUCUGGAGUUCAGGAUCCCCACUGUCUUGUCUUCCCCUUUAUGUUCACCCACCCUAAUACUCUCCUCUAAAGUAAUCCAUAACAAGUGAGUCCCCAAGGUUUUCUUUCGUUUUGUUAAUCAGCUUAAGUAGUAAGAUUUUUUUUGUUGCUGUAAUUAAUUUGAUUCACAUUUCCUUGUGUGUGUUUGUAUAUUUCUGUUUUUGUGAAGUGCAAUUGUCCUGUACAAACAGCCUGUAUUUAAUGCAGCUUGAUUUUAAGUUAAAAAAAAAUGAAAGAAAUGAAAAAGAGAACCUUUUAUGCACUAUCUGCCUUUUCCUGCUCUUCUGGAAUUGUAACAAAUGUCUAUUCAGUGAAUAUUACUGCUUGUCCUCCAGGCACAAUGUCUCUGCGCUUUUACUUUCCUUUCCUUUUUUUCAGUUAGUCUAUGCUCCUUUUUAAAAAAAAAAC